AUGGAAACAAUUUUAUACAUUUUGUCAACAACAAUAAUGAUCAGUUUUCCAUUCAUGCAAUGUUUAAGUAAAAGAAAAAAAAAAAUAGGGAAAAGAAAUGGCAGUGUAAAAAAAGAAUACAGUGAAAAGGGUAGUAACUAUCAGACGACGAUCGAUAAGAAGAAUAGCGACUAUCAGACGACGAUCGAUAAGAAGAAUAGCGACUAUCAGACGACGAUCGAGUCAGGAAUUAGUACAACGUAUAUGGUUAAAAAUCAAACUGUAACAGAAGAUACCGGUCUUGAUACGAUGCGGGAUAUGGGAAAUCUCAGUAAAGCACUUUUGGAUACGAUAAGUAUUUUGCCGAAUGAAACCACCGGUAUGGGCGAAAGGUCACCUGGUUGCAAUUGUCAAUUCAAUUCUGAUUUAAAUGUUCGUCUAAUAAUUUAUUAG